AUGUCUCUCUCCGGCAAGGUCGCCGUCAUCACCGGCGGGUCCAACGGCAUCGGCAAGGCGUGCGUCGAGCGCCUCGCCCGCGACGGCGCCAGCGUCGUCAUCAACUACGCCUCCGAUACCAAGUCGGCAGACGCCCUGGUGCAGUCCAUCGGCGCCGACCGCGCCCUCGCCGUGCAGGCCGACGUGUCGACCAUGGACGGCAUCGCCAAGGUCGUCGACGAGGCCGUCGCGCGCUUCGGCAAGAUCGACAUCCUCAUGGCCAACGCCGGCACCAUGCCAAUGCGCAACGUGGAGAACACGACCGAGGCCGACUUUGACAAGACGUUUGGCCUCAACGUCAAGGGGCCGUACUUUUUGGCGCAGAAAGCCGUGCCGCACAUGCCUAGCGGUGGGAGAAUCAUCUUCGUCUCGACUGGCUUGUGCCACAGCUCGGCCGUCCCGCCGGAUUAUCUGCUCUAUGCGGCGAGCAAGGGCGCCGUCGAGCAAAUGGCGAGGGUCAUGGCCAAGGGCCUUGCCGCCAAGGGCAUCAUCGUCAACGCCGUGGCCCCCGGCCCGACGGCGACCGAGUUCUUCUACCGGGGCAAGUCGGAGGCGCUCAUUGAAAGCAUGAAGAAGGCGUUCCCAUUUGGGCGCCUGGGCGAGCCCGAUGAAGUGGCUGGCAUGGUGGCUUUCCUAUCGGGCGAGGACAGCAAGUGGGUGAAUGGGCAAACGUACAUGGUGAAUGGCGGUUUGUUUGUCUGA